CAUCGAUUGGACGCACCUUGCACAAGAUGUGGCGCCUCGCAAUUCCCGAGCAUCCUCUUCUUUUUUUUUCCUUUUUUUUUAUAUGUAUAAAUUCCUUCGGUCGUACGAGGACUGAGGCGGCCUCCCGGGUUUCUUGGUUUCUUGUUUGUUCUCGCCUUCUUUGGUUCCUGCUCGAGAGGGUUGAGGACCGAAACAGAGGGAAAGAGUUAGAAAGAAAUAGUACAAUGUCGACCAGUGUAUCAUAUGGGAGUGUCAACUUACCAGGUGGAGCAAAGCUAUAUAGCACAAAAAGUUACCAGCAAACAUCUGGAUUAUCUGGUUUGGUUUUCAAGACGAGCAUGCAGAUAGAUUAUACAAGGUUAUGUACUGCAUCAAGGUUCUUAAGCGCCAAGGGAAACGGUCUUCUCCGAACCCCUUCAAGUCACAGAAAUGCGUCUAUUAGAGCCGUUACCAUUGCAUGCUUGCAGGAUAGUUCUACAAAGUAUUUUGACUUUGUAGUUGUUGGCAGUGGUGUUGCUGGUCUAAGGUAUGCUCUAGAAGUUGCAAAACAUGGAUCUGUUGCUGUAAUUACUAAGGCUGAGCCUCAUGAGAGCAACACAAACUAUGCACAAGGUGGUGUUAGUGCUGUUUUGUGCCCUUCAGAUUCUGUAGAGAGUCACAUGCAAGACACAAUUGUUGCGGGGGCUUAUUUAUGUGAUGAGGAGACAGUUAGGGUAGUGUGCACAGAAGGUCCAGAUCGAGUUAAAGAACUAAUUGCAUUUGGUGCAUCUUUUGAUCAUGGCGAAGAUGGAAAAUUACAUCUUGCAAGGGAAGGAGGACAUUCUCAUAAUAGAAUUGUCCAUGCUGCUGAUAUGACUGGCAGAGAGAUCGAAAGGGCAUUACUAAAGGCUGUUGAUGAUGAUCCUAACAUUAUUGUGUUUGGGCACCACUUUGUCAUAGACUUACUGACUUCUCAGGAUGAUGAUGAAAUAUAUUGCCAUGGUGUGGAUGCUCUGAAUGCGGAAACUCAACAGGUUGUUCGUUUCAUCUCAAAGGUGACGCUGCUUGCAUCUGGAGGAGCUGGACAUAUUUAUCCCACAACCACAAAUCCGCCGGUGGCUACUGGAGAUGGAAUUGCAAUGGCUCAUCGUGCUCAGGCUGUGAUUUCUAACAUGGAAUUUGUGCAGUUCCACCCAACAGCACUGGCUGAUGAAGGCCUCCCAAUCAAGCCAACCAAAAGACGGGAGAAUGCAUUUCUGAUCACUGAAGCAGUCAGAGGAGAUGGUGGCAUCCUUUAUAACCAGUCUAUGCAGAGGUUUAUGCCAUUGUAUGAUGAACGAGCGGAACUAGCUCCAAGGGAUGUGGUUGCAAGAAGUAUAGAUGAUCAACUGAAAAAACGUGGAGAGAUGUUUGUGUUACUGGACAUAAGCCAGAAGCCAAGAGAGCAAAUUCUCUCACACUUCCCCAAUAUUGCUGCAGAGUGUCUCCGACACGGGCUGGACAUAACCCGCUCACCAAUACCUGUAGUCCCUGCAGCUCACUACAUGUGUGGUGGUGUCCGAGCUGGGCUACAGGGAGAAACAAAUGUCAAAGGUCUAUAUGUAGCUGGUGAGGUAGCAUGCACCGGUUUGCAUGGGGCUAAUCGGCUUGCUAGCAACUCUUUGCUUGAAGCACUGGUCUUUGCCCGCCGUGCAGUGCAGCCCUCAAUAGACCACAUGGCUCGCUCAACCGUUGAUAUCCCUGCUUCGACCAUGUGGGCACGUCCGAUUCUUCCGUUGUCUCUCGGCAAUAACAUUGUGGAGGAGAUUAUACAGAGGACGAAGGAUAUUAGGACGGAGCUGCAGUCUAUUAUGUGGGAGUAUGUUGGGAUAGUGAGGUCAACGAGCCGGUUGAAGACUGCAGAGUGGAAGAUUGGGGAUUUGGAGUUAGAAUGGGAGGAGUUUUUGUUCACCAGAGGGUGGAAACCCACAAUGGUUGGACUUGAAGCUUGUGAGAUGAGGAACUUGUUCUGCUGCGCAAAACUGGUUGUGAACAGUGCACUUGCGAGGCAAGAAAGUAGGGGUCUACAUUUUACCGAGGACUUCCCUUAUUUGGAGGAGAGCAAGAGGAAACCAACAAUUAUCUUUCCAACUUCACUUAAGUUGACUUGGAGUUCACAGCAGGUGCACAGGCAACCACUUUGUUGAAAUAUUGUUCUUCGCUCUGUUUUGUCAUCUCAUAAUUGAAAUACCGAUACAAGCUAGUAGAAUACUCCUCUCCAGUUAGAGCAGAAGGUUAAUUCCAAAGUUUAAAUUCACAACGAUCCAGGUCUAGGCAUCCCAUGGUACAUGAAGACCUUGUGUUUUAUAGAAAAUGUUGCUGCAAUGCUGUACAUCAUAUCUUUUUCCAUUAAUUUUACACUUCGAUUCUAUGGAAGUAGUUCAAUUACACCUUUUCAGUAUAUGCAUUUAUAGAAACUGGGCUGGGGCAACCAAAAUGAUGUGCUGGGUUACUGUAUAUGUAUCAAACAGUCCCCUGGAUAGCAUAAACAAUCUCUUGUUUGGAUGCAAUAUAAAUAUAUACAUUCAUACUA